CGACUUGUAACUAACCAAAGUAAACCUAGAAAAAUGAAGUUGUUUUUUUUAGUAAAUCAGCUAAUAUUUUUGUGCUUAUUUAAUUUGGUAUCAACUCAGAACAGCAGUGAUAAUGUGGUUGGAAAUUGCAAAUGUACUAAUCGUGAGGACUGUAGAAAUGAAAAUACAUUAAUUAUGACUUACUCUUCGCAUCUAUCGUUAAAUAGGACUAGGAGUGAAACUGAAAACGGGAAAAACAUUUUGUCAAUUGAGAGAUUUUUAAACAGGACAAUUCAUAAACGUGUAUGCCCUAAUGGUGUGUUAUGUUGUUCAAAAAUUGAAAAACCAAUUACAGAAUCACCACAAACAACAAAACCAGAGGCCCCAGUACGCAUAACAAGUCCAAUAAUUGAAGAUUUUACGGAAUUACCCGUAAAAGAUAAUAAUCGAUAUUCUUGGAUGGUAAAAAUUAUCAAGAUGGUUAAAAAUAAGCCAAUUGUAACAUGCGGAGGCUCAUUAAUUCACGAAAAAGUCGUAUUAACGGCAGGAUAUUGUUUUAGAAAAUCUAACAACAAUCAAUUAGAUAAAUAUAGAAUUCAUGCUGGUUAUAAUAAAGAAUCUGAUACAAUAGCAUCAACAAAUGAACGCUUAAUUUCAUCAAUUGAAAUUCAUCCAGAAUUCAAUCUUAAUACAAAUGCAUAUAAUGCUGCAUUAAUAUUUUUAAACGAACCAUUCGAGCUAAAUGAGCACAUAAGUACAACUUACUUACAAACAAAAGAUAUUCCAGCUCCAGUGGAUGAAUCAAAUUGUAUAUUUACUGGCUGGGGUCGAGAAACACCUCAAAGUAAAACAUAUCCACUUUCGUUAAAAACGGCAAAAAUGUCAGUGUGUAGCAAUAGAGAAUGUAUUGACAAUUUCAGACAAACUGGAUUACAGAUACCGAAUGAUUUUGAUGAAAGUAUUUUUUGCGCAAAGGGUAUUGAAAAUGAUUAUAAUGUAUGUGCAAAAGAUGAUGGUAGUCCAUUAGUUUGUCCUGAUGAUCAAAAUAUUGAUUUCCAAGUUGGUAUUGUGAAUUGGUAUAAUGAUACAUUAUGCGGUAAAAAUAGUAUUCCUACAAUUUUUACCAAGGUAUCUGAAAUUAAGAAUUGGAUUGAUGAGACAAUGCUGAAGUACCUAUAAUAUCGAGUGAGCGUAGGGGAAAACAUAAUAUUUCCAGAUAUCUAUAGCAAUUUCUAGAUUUUCCAAAAUAUUCUUAUAAAAUCGCUAUACCUACCUUUUUCUAGAGAUUUUUUUAUCUGAAAAAAUCUUUAAAAUGAGAUCAAUUCAGCUUUCGGUUGGCAAUAGGUGAAAAUAAUGGUUCUUCUAUUUAAAUUUUGUUGACAAUUAAAUGGCAGUCGUUUGACCCCCUUUAGGAACGAAGUUCCUUUACAUCCAAAACUAGUUAUGCAUGUACAUAUGCAUAACUAGUUUUGGACGAAAAUAGUACCAAUAAAAUUCGUGUAAUAUAAUAAAUAAAAAUAAUAUAAAGUAGGUGAACAUAUCGUGGUUGCCAUGGAUAUGACAUACACACAUAGCAUGUCUCACACCGUUACGGGAUGAAUUCUGCCAGUUUGCUCACCAUGGCAUAUACCAUCAUGGCGUUAAUCAACUUCGUUUCAAAAACCUUCACAUUAUAUGCGUAGAAAAAUAUAAACUAAUACAUAAUAUGUUUUACAAAUAUUUUUGCGAAAAUGUAAUUUUCACCAAAUAAAUACAUCUGUUUACAUGAA